CUAAAUUGAGUGUACAAAAAUUUCCAAAAAAUAAGAUGUUAACUAUUUGGUCAAGAUUGGCAACAGCACAUACUGGAAAUGGAAUUGGUCAACCACAAGUAAUCAAUUCCCAACGACAUCCAGAAAGGUUAAAGUUCCCCUUACAAUCACAUCGUUCCCUACACACUGGUUUGGUUCUCUUUAAGAAUAUUCCAAUGGACGUCGACAAAUCUAAGAAAGCGAUCAAAGAGAGGAAGCCGUGCUCAGAUCCCUGUGAGGAUGACGAGCAAAUGGAUGCAAUCGCUGAACAUGUCGCAGGCAGAUGCCCCAAGGAUCCAUGUUCUAAGGUAAGGGAUCCUUGUGUGAAUUUCAUUAAGGAGCACAUAAGCAAAAAGAAUAAAACCGGCGAUGAAGCCAAAGCUACCAAUAAAUUAUCAACAGCCAAAACAAAGCCGAACGCCUAAAAAAUAUAUAUGUUUUCUAUAUAA